UGACCCGCGUUUUUGAUAGAGGGAGACGGUUCGUUUCGGGACGCCAUUAGGGCUUUUGGUUUCGAUCCAUGGAGGACGAGGAGCGAUCGCUGUUGGAAGGGCUUAUCUCGGAGAAUGGAAGUAAUGGACCAUACACAGGGGAUGGAUCAGUUGACAUCAAAGGAAAUCCUAUCUUGAAGCACAGGACAGGCAACUGGAGAGCAUGCUCUUUUAUUCUAGGUACUGAAUGCUGUGAACGGUUAGCCUACUAUGGAAUAUCAAAAAAUCUUGUCACUUAUCUUACAACAAAGCUACAUGAAGGAAAUGUCACUGCAGCAAGAAAUGUUUCAACUUGGCAAGGCACUUGCUAUCUUACACCCCUAAUUGGAGCUGUUUUAGCAGAUUCAUACUGGGGAAAAUACUGGACGAUUGCAAGUUUCUCAACUGUAUACCUCAUGGGAAUGGUCACACUGACUCUUUCAGCAUCAGUUCCUGCUUUUAAGCCUCCUGCAUGUGUAGGGUUUGUUUGCCCAGAAGCAAGCUCAGCUCAGUAUGUCAUGUUCUUUUUUGGUCUCUAUAUGAUCGCAUUAGGGGCUGGUGGCAUCAAACCUUGUGUUUCGUCCUUUGGAGCUGACCAGUUUGAUGAUACUGAUCCAGUGGAGAGAACUAAAAAGGGCUCUUUCUUCAAUUGGUUUUAUUUCUGUAUCAACAUUGGUGCUUUUGUAUCAGGCACUUUUCUUGUGUGGGUACAAGACAAUUGCGGUUGGGGCUUGGGCUUUGCCAUUCCUACUUUUUUCAUGGGAUUAGCUAUUGGAAGUUUCUUCGUAGGCUCGAAAAUUUAUAGAUUUCAGAAACCUGGAGGAAGCCCUAUUGUAAGAGUGUGCCAGGUGAUUGUUGCAUUUGUUCGUAAGUGGAACGUAGAGUUGCCCCAUGAUAGCUCUCUUCUCUACGAACUAUCCGGGAAAACCUCGGCAAUAGAAGGAAGCCGGAAACUGGAGCACACCGCUGAACUCACAUUCCUUGACAAGGCUGCCGUCGUGUCAAAUCUUAAUGUAAAACAUGAAAAUUUCUCCGAUCCAUGGAGGCUUUGCACUGUCACUCAGGUGGAGGAACUCAAGAUACUGGUCAGAAUGUUCCCUAUUUGGGCCACUAGCAUAGUGUUCUCCGCGGUAUAUGCACAAAACUCCUCCAUGUUUUUGGAGCAAGGGAUGGUCCUAGACAACCACAUUGGUUCCUUUAAUAUUCCUCCUGCCUCCCUAUCAACAUUUGAUGUUAUCAGCGUUAUCAUUUGGGUUCCAGUCUAUGACAGAGUGCUUGUACCACUAGCAAGGAGGUUCACUGGCAAGGAAAGAGGCUUUUCAGAGCUGCAACGAAUUGGAAUUGGUCUAUUCUUGUCCAUGCUUGCAAUGGCCGCUGCCGCAUUGGUAGAGACCAAGCGUUUAGAAAUUGCAGAAUCUGAAGAUUUAAUACAUCAGAAGGUUGCAGUGCCAUUGAGUAUUCUUUGGCAGAUACCUCAGUAUUUCCUUGUAGGUGCUGGUGAAGUAUUUACUUGUAUUGGGCAGGUUGAGUUUUUCUAUGACCAGUCCCCAGAUGCAAUGCGGAGUCUUUGUAGUGCUUUUGCCCUUCUUACAGUUUCAGCUGGGAGCUACCUAAGCUCACUCAUUCUGACUGUCGUUACCUCAAUAACAACUCAAGGAGGAAGACCUGGAUGGAUUCCUGAUAACUUAAAUGAAGGCCAUCUUGAUCGCUUCUUCUGGCUAGUAGCUGGACUCAGCUUCUUAAAUCUAUUCGUUUUUGUUUACUGUGCCAUGAGAUACAAAUGCAAGAGAGCUUCCUGAGUUGGUUUGAUUGCAGCGAUGGCUUGGAUACUGUAUUCAUUGGCUGGUGUCGGCUAUUCCAAUGUAUUUUGUGGACGCUUGCAGUGUUCAAUGGGAAACUCCUGCCUGCAGAUUUCAGGCUUUGAUGCCUGUAAAAUUGUAUCUUCCUUAAAGGAAAAAAUUGUGUUUAUUGAAUCGUAUUUUCAGAGAGAACUAUGUAUUUUUAUGCCACCUGGUUGUACACAAUUCCAAUGCAACAAAUAGUUCAUUCUUGCAUUUUUA